AUGUUCCCAAACUUGAGUUUAAAACUGAAUGGUUCCCAUUCUUUGGUGAGGACAUCGAGCUGUUUCGAUCCUCCGGCAAAGAAAAUUGGUGAGACUUUCGCUCUUUGCCUAUCAUUUGUUGUUUCAUUGGGUGGUAACAUCGUUAUCGGUGUAAUUGUCAACAGAACGAAAAACAUGAGAAGACCAAUCAAUUUUUUCAUUGUCAACAUGGCCAUGUCUGAUCUCCUCUUUUCGAUUAUCCUGUUACCGCUCAGUGUAACCAAAAGAUUAUUGGACUCCUGGACGAUCGGUGGUUCUCUUGGCCAAACCUUGUGUAAGCUGGUUGUCUUUUUACCAUAUGUCUCUGUAACUGUGUCCUUUCAAAGUAUGGUUCUAAUAGCAGUGGAUCGUUUUCUAGCUGUGUUAUUUCCUCUCCGAUCACCUUUCAUCAGCUCAAAGCUCUGCUUAAUUCUUAUUUUAGCCACUUGGAUUAUUGGGAUGAUCACGUGCACUCCAUUUCUCUUCGAGUCUACAGUAGUUCUCUAUGACUCGCAUAGAACACAAACUUGUAACGUUUGGGUGAAUAGUGCUUUUGGUGUUUACGCAGUUUCAGUUUUCAGUAUCCUAACUUUCUUGACUUUGAGUUUUAUCACCAUGCUCUACAUUGUCAUGUAUUCGAGGAUCAAAUCGGAGAGGAUUCCUGGAGAACACUCGGUGGACAUCCAAAGGCAAAGAGUUAAAAGAGAGCAAAACUUGCUUAAGUUGAGCAUGACUAUCGUCAUAGCCUUUACAUUUUGCUGGCUGCCAUACAAUAUUAUCCUGUUACUCCCCUACCUCCAUAAUUCCAAUUUAUCCGUUUCCUGUGUCUUCAGUAGCUUUGCAGCUGCCGCGAGAGUUCUGGCUCAGUUCAGUUGCGCCAUAAAUCCAUGCGUAUGCUUGUUUUUCAGUAGAAAUUAUUCUAGGGGACUGAAGAUCUUUAUCAGGUGUGCUAAGCACGAACUUGGAGGAAAUCAGUUCGCCCCAUAG